GUGUGUGUGUGUAUGUGUGUGUGUGCGCGCGUACACACACUACUUCCUGGUUUGGAGCGGCUCGCCCAGGUGCCUCCAGCCCGACUCCUGCCGCACUGCUGCGCGCACUUGGCUGCCACUCGACACAUGGCUCCGCUUUGCCUGUCAAAGUCGAGUUUUGAAUGAAAAGGAGCUCCAGGGACACGCGGGUCCGACUCCCAUGAGUCCACACAGAGGCGCGCGCGCGCGCUCGGACACACGCACACCGCGCGGCUGAGGAACUGGAAGAGCGCGCACCGUAGGCGUAGCGCACCGUAGCGCAGCGCAGCGCAGCGCAGAGCAGCGCGAGGGGAUCGAUCCGGAUCGUGCCUGCCGCGUGUGAGAGACUUUCUCCGUCACUCCGUCCGUGUGAGUGUGAGCGUGUGAGACUCGGAGGAGCCGCGAUGUCCGACUCGGUGUCCAGCUUCCUGCACAUCGGAGACAUCGUGUCCCUGUACGCGGAGGGCUCCGUCAACGGCUUCAUCAGCACUCUCGGGCUGGUCGAUGACCGCUGUGUGGUGGAGCCGGCUGCCGGAGACCUGGACGCCCCCCCGAAGAAGUUCAGAGACUGCCUCUUCAAGGUCUGUCCCAUGAACCGCUACUCGGCGCAGAAGCAGUUCUGGAAAGCCAAGCAAGCAAAGCAUGAGAAGGACAAGAUUGCAGACGUGGUGCUGCUGCAGAAGCUCCAGCACGCCGCCAACCUGGAGCAGAAGCAGAACGAGACUGAGAACAGGAAGGUCCACGGGGACAUAGUGAAGUACGGAAGCGUCAUCCAGCUCCUGCACAUGAAGAGCAACAAGUACCUGACCGUGAACAAGCGGUUACCGGCCCUGCUGGAGAAGAACGCCAUGAGGGUGACGCUGGACGGCACGGGGAACGAGGGCUCCUGGCUCUUCAUCCAGCCCUUCUGGAAGCUGCGCGCCAAUGGGGACAAUGUGGUGGUUGGUGACAAGGUUAUCCUGAAUCCAGUGAAUGCAGGCCAGCCACUGCACGCCAGUAACUAUGAGCUGCCAGACCACGUGGGAUGCAGGGAGGUGAACUCUGUGAACAGCAACACGAGCUGGAAGAUCAACUUGUUCAUGAUGUACAGUGACUACAAAGAUGAGGUCCUCAAAGGGGGGGAUGUGGUUCGACUCUUCCAUGCGGAGCAGGAGAAGUUCUUGACGUGCGACGAAUACAAGUCCAAACUGCACGUGUUCCUUAGGACCACCCUGCGCCAGUCGGCCACCUCCGCAACCAGCUCCAAUGCAUUGUGGGAAGUGGAGGUCGUCCAUCACGAUCCGUGCCGAGGGGGCGCUGGGCACUGGAACAGCCUCUACCGCUUCAAACACCUGGCCACAGGGAGCUACCUGGCUGCUGAGGAGAACCCAGGUUAUAAAGGAGACAGCACUGAGGGUCACGCCUUUACGGACACCGGGCGCAGCAGUAAGAGGAACCUGGGUGAGCGGGUCAAGUACAAGCUGGUGGCCGUUCCCCAUGGAAACGACAUCGCUUCGCUUUUCGAGCUGGACCCCACCACGCUGCAGAAGACUGACUCCUUCGUUCCAAGGAACUCAUACGUCCGCCUGCGUCAUCUAUGCACCAACACGUGGAUCCAGAGCACCAACGUACCCAUCGACUACACCGAGGACAGGCCCAUCCGGCUCAUGCUGGGUACCUGCCCAACGAAAGAGGACAAGGAGGCCUUUGCCAUCGUCUCCGUUCCUGUCAUGGAGAUCCGGGACCUGGACUUUGCCAAUGAUGCCAGCUUCAUGCUGAGCAAAGUGGUGGACCAGUUCAAUGAGGGCUUCAUCAGCCAGAACGACAGAAGGUUUGCCAUCAAGUUGCUGGAGGAUUUGGUCUUCUUCGUGGUGGACACGCUCAACAGCGGCCAGCCUGUGCUGGAGGUGACCAUGACUAAACCCAACCGCGAGAGGCAGAAGCUCAUGCGGGAGCAGAACAUUCUGAAGCAGAUCUUUGGCCUCCUGAAAGCACCCUUCAAAGACAAAGGUGGAGAAGGGCCGCUGCUGCGGCUGCAGGAGCUGUCGGACCAGAAGAACGUCCCCUACCAGUACAUGCUCCGGCUCUGCUACCGUGUACUGCGCCAUUCGCAGGAGGACUACCGCAAGAACCAGGAGCACAUAGCCAAGCAGUUUGGAGUGAUGCAGGCCCAGAUUGGCUACGACAUCCUGGCUGAGGACACAAUCACUGCGCUGCUGCACAAUAACCGCAAACUGCUGGAGAAGCACAUCACCAAGACGGAGGUCGAGACCUUCGUCAGCCUUGUGCGUCAGAACCGGGAGCCUAGGUUCCUGGACUACCUGUCGGACCUGUGCGUGUCCAACAACGUGGCCAUCCCCGUGACUCAGGAGCUCAUCUGCAAGUGUGUGCUGGACCCCAAGAACCAGGACAUCCUCAUUAAGACCGAGCGACGCCUUGCCAGGGAUGGGCCCCACUCCUCGGAAUACCUGUCUGACGAGGAGUACGGGGACGAGGAUGAGGUGUGGCUGGUGUGGACGGAUAAGGCUGACGAGAGGCAGGAGAAAAGCAUCCGGCAGCUGGCGCAGGAGGCCAGGCAGGGCAACGCCCACGAUGAGAACGUGCUCACCUACUACAGGUACCAGCUGAAGCUCUUCGCUCGCAUGUGCCUGGACCGCCAGUACCUGGCCAUCGACGAGAUCUCAAAGCAGCUGGACGUGGAGCUCAUCUUCCUGUGCAUGAUGGACGAGACGCUCCCCUUCGACCUGCGUGCCUCCUUCUGUCGGCUCAUGCUGCACGCCCACGUGGACCGCGACCCCCAGGAGCUGGUGACACCCGUGAAGUUUGCACGCCUCUGGACCGAGAUCCCCACCUCCAUCACCAUCAAAGACUAUGACUCGAACAUGGACGACACACGUGACAACAAGAAGAAUAAAUUUGCCAGCACUAUCGCCUUCAUGGAGGAGUACCUCAACAACGUGCUUAUUGAUGAGCUGCCCUUCGCCAAUGAGGAGAAGAAUAAGCUCACAUAUGAGGUUGUGAGUCUUGCGAGGCAUCUCAUUUAUUUUGGCUUCUACAGCUUUUUCGAGCUUCUGAGACUGACUCGCACGCUGCUGGGGAUCAUUGACUGCACACCCAGCCAAAUGCUUGUGAACCCCAUGUUCAACGAGGACGGUAGCGGGAAGAACAUGAAGCGUUCCAUCCACCACGUGGGUCAAAUGAUGACCACCAUGGUCCUGAACCGCAAGCAAUCGCUGUUUGGGGGAACGGGGCGCUCCUCCUUAGGCAACGAGGGCCCGGGCCGCAGCAAGGACAGCAUCGACAACCAGGACGUCACCGUCAUGGACACCAAGCUGAAGAUCCUGGAGAUCCUGCAGUUCAUCCUGAACGUGCGGCUCGACUACCGGCUCUCCUUCCUGCUCUCGGUCUUCAAGAAGGAGUUUGUGGAGGUGUUCCCCAUGGCGGACGCGGACGCCACUGUGGCCAUGGAGCAGACAGCAACUUUGAACCUGCAGAGAAUAGGGGAGCAGGCAGAAGCCAUGUUUGGAGUUGGAAAGGGGAACAGCAUCCUGGAGGUGGACGAUGAGGGCGGGCGCAUGUUCCUCAGGGUGCUGAUCCACCUCACCAUGCACGACUACCCUCCGCUCGUCUCAGGGGCCCUGCAGCUGCUCUUCAAACACUUCAGCCAGAGGCAGGAGGUCCUGCACACCUUCAAACAGGUCCAGCUGCUCAUCUCCGAGCAGGAUGUGGAGAACUACAAGCUCAUAAAGCGGGAUCUGGACCGCCUCCGCACCAUGGUGGAGAAGUCUGAGCUGUGGGUGGAGAAGAAGGGCAGCUCUGGAGGAGGGGACAGCAAGAAGGACAAGGAGAAGGUGGAGGCCACUCUCGAGGACUCUGACGCUAAGAAAGAGAAGUCGGAGAAAAACAGUGAGAACUACCAGGCGGUCAAGGAGAUCCUGGAGGGCUUGAAUAAGAUGUGCAGCUCUGGAGCCUGGAAGAAGCAGCAGCGUCUGCUGAAGAACAUGGGAGCCCACAAGGUGAUGCUGGACUUGCUCCAGGUGUCCUACGACAAGAACGACACCAAGAUGCAAGAAAUCAUAAAGUACACCCACCAGUUCCUGCAGAGGUUCUGCACUGGGAAUGCAGAGAACCAGGCUCUGCUCCAAAAGCACCUGAACCUCUUCCUGAAUCCUGGGCUGCUGGAGGCCGAGACGGUGCAGCACAUCUUCAGCAACAAUUACCAGCUGUGCUCAGAGAUCAGCGAGUCGGUGCUGCAGCAUUUCAUCCACUGCCUGGCGACGCACGGGCGCCAUGUACAGUACCUCAACUUCCUGCACACGAUCAUCAAGGCCGAGGGCAAGUACAUCAAGAAAUGCCAGGACAUGAUCAUGACCGAGCUGACCAACGCGGGCGAGGACGUCGUGGUCUUCUACAACGACAAGGCGUCCUUCGCCACGAUGCUGGAGCUCAUGGCCGAGUCCCGAGAAGGCAUUCAGGAGCACAGCCCCCUGCGCUACCACAUCUCCCUGGUGGAGCUGCUGGCCGCCUGUGCCGAGGGCAAGAACGUCUACACGGAGAUCAAGUGCACGUCGCUGUUGCCCCUCGAGGACGUGGUGAGAGUGGUCACGCACGAGGACUGCAUCACAGAGGUACGUGGCUUCUCGAGGGCCGAGCGGGCGGAGGUUCGAGGGCGAGCACAACUCGACGAAAGGGCUUGUCCGACUGUCCCUCAGGUGAAGGUCGCCUACGUGAACUUUGUGAACCACUGCUAUGUGGACACCGAGGUGGAGAUGAAGGAGAUUUAUACGAGCAACCACAUAUGGAACCUGUUUGAGAACUUCAUCGUGGACAUGGCCAGGGUGUGCAACAACCGGGAGAAGCGUCUGUCGGACCCGGUCCUGGAGAAGUACGUCAUCAACGUGGUGCUGGACACGAUUAAUGCGUUCUUCAGCUCGCCCUUCUCCGAGAACAGCACGGCGCUGCAGACUCACCACACCAUCGUGGUGCAGCUGCUCCAGUCCACAAUGCGUCUGCUCGACUGUCCUUGGCUGCAGCAGCAGCACCGUGGCCUAGUGGAGACGUGCAUCCGCACACUUGCCAUGACCGGUGAGGAGGGCGCCGGGGCACUCUGUGGCUGUGUGAGCGUGUGCGUGUGCGUGUGCAUCCGUGCGUGUCGGUCGCCCGUCGCUCACGUCUCCGUCCUUCGUGUCCGCUGGGCAGCCAAGAGCCGGGGGGUGACCAUGCCCCUGGAGCUCAACGCGCAGCUCAAUGCAACGGUGAACAGCGGUGCCACGGGACACCAGUCGCGCAGCUCGCAGCCCAUGAAGAGCAUGGUGCGGUCGAGAGGCCCCGCCCCUGCCAGCAACCCCUGGGACUACAAGAACAUCAUCGAGAAGCUGCAGGAGGUGAUCAACACGCUGGAGGCGCGACUUAAGCCGCUGGUGGAGGCUGAGCUCUCGGUGCUUGUGGACGUUCUGCAGAAGCCGGAGCUGCUCUUCCUGGAGGGAACAGAGGCGCGGGGGCGCUGCGAAUCGGGGGGCUUCAUCUCCAAGCUCAUCCAGCACACCAAGGCCCUGAUGUCCUCCGAGGAGAAGCUCUGCAACAAGGUGCUGCGCACGCUGCAGGAAAUGCUCAUCCGCACAUCCGAGUUCGACGACAAGGGCAUUGCACUCAGGAAGGUGCUGCUGCAGAACUACCUGUUCAACAAGAAGGGCACCAAGGGAGAGCUCAUGGAGCUCGGAGGUGUCGAAGCAGACAGGGACUGGGCCGCCGUGGCAGCCAUGCAGUGUCACCUGGACAGGGAGGGGGGAACUCAGCUCUUCAUCGACCUCAUCAUGAGCACCAAGAACGACAAGAUCUUCCAGGAGAGCAUCCAGCUGGCCAUCUGCUUGCUUGAGGGGGGCAACACUGAGAUCCAGAACUCUUUCUACAAGCUAAUGAUGGGCGACAACAAGUCAGAGAAGUUCUUCAAAGUUUUCCAUGACCGCAUGAAGAACGCACAGCAGGACAUCAAGGCCACGGUGUCUGUGAAUGUGGGAGAGAUGAGCAACAAGGCCAGCAAGGACAACAGGGAGCUGGCUGCGGGUUCGCAGUCUCUGGCUGUCUUGCCGACCUCCUCUGAGCAGCGGGAGGUGGAAAUGGUCAUGGGUCCUGCUGUCAGCAUCAUGAAGCCCAUCCUGCGCUUCCUGCAGCUCCUGUGCGAGAACCACAACCAGGACCUGCAGAACUUCCUUCGCUGCCAGAACAACAAGACCAACUACAACCUGGUUUGUGAGACGCUCCAGUUCCUUGACAUCAUGUGUGGCAGCACUACGGGUGGUCUGGGUUUGCUGGGGCUCUACAUCAACGAGAACAACGUGGGCCUCAUCACACAGACCUUGGAGACGCUCACUGAGUACUGCCAGGGCCCUUGCCAGGAGAACCAGACCUGCAUCGUGACCCAUGAGUCCAAUGGCAUCGACAUCAUCACGGCCCUCAUCCUCAACGACAUCAGCCCACUGUGUCGAUACCGCAUGGACAUGGUGCUACAGCUCAAGGACAACGCCUCGAAGCUCCUUCUUGCUCUGAUGGAGAGCCGACAUGACAGUGAAAAUGCAGAGAGGAUCUUGUUCAACCUUCGACCCCAAGAACUGGUGGAGGUGAUAAAGAAGGCCUACCUGGAGGACAGUGAAACUGAAGAUGGAGCAGUGUCACCCCGUGAGGUCGGCCACAACAUCUAUAUCCUGGCACUUCAGCUGGCCCGACACAAUAAGGCUCUGCUGCACCUGCUGAAGCCCCCAAAAAGAGCAAAGGAAGAGGGUGAGGAGGGUAUUUCCUCCAUGCUCAACCUGAACAACAGGCCGCUGUCCCAGAUGUUAAAGUCCACAGCCCCCGGAGAGCAGCUAGAGCAGGACCCUCUGGAGUACUACGAGUCCCACACCGCACAAAUCGAGAUCGUACGUGAAGAUCGCAGCAUGGAGCAGAUUGUGUUUCCUGUGCAUCCCAUCUGCCAGUUCCUCACGGAGGAGUCCAAGACCCGUGUGUUCACCACCACUGAGCAGGAUGAGCAGGGCAGCAAAGUGACGCACUUCUUCCAGCAGACCUCCUUCCUGCACAAUGAAAUGGAGUGGCAGAAGAAGCUCCGCAGUAUGCCAGUGCUGUACUGGUUCUCCCGCAGAAUGUCCCUCUGGGGAAGCAUCUCCUUCAACCUAGCCGUCUUCAUCAACCUCAUCAUGGCCCUGUUCUUCCCCUACGACUCUGGACAAGGAGCCAUCGAUUCCUCCAUGCUCUCCAUGAUGUUCUGGGGCUUCGCAAGCCUCUCUGUCAUGGGCCUCUUCUCCCAGCGCUACGGCCUGCGGCCGCUCACCAUCGCCCUCAUACUGCGUUCCAUCUACUAUUUUGGCAUCGGGCCCACGCUGAUCCUGCUGGGGACACUUAACCUCAUCAACAAGAUCGUGUUUGUGGUGAGCUUUGUGGGCAACAACGGCACCUUCAUCAUGGGCUACCAGGCCAUCCUGAUGGACGUGGAGUUCCUCUACCACCUGGCCUACGUGCUCAUCAGCUUGCUGGGACUCUGCGUGCACGAGCUCUUCUACAGCAUCCUGCUGUUUGACCUGAUCUACCGAGAGGAGACCCUUCUGAACGUGAUCAAGAGCGUGACACGCAAUGGCCGAUCAAUCCUGCUCACCGCACUGCUGGCGCUCAUACUGGUCUACCUCUUCUCCAUUGUGGGCUUCCUUUUCCUCAAGAAUGACUUCAUCAUGGAAGUGGACCGGCUGCCUGAGCCUCACCCAGGAAGUGGCCAUAAGGAGGCGUCCCAGGAUUUCCUCAGGUCCUGUCCUGAGGACAGAGUGGGCUGUAUGACUGAGGAGGCAGUUCCCUCCGUGCUUGCUGAGGAAGAGGAGGACAACACAGAGCGUGCCUGUGACACGCUGCUCAUGUGCAUCGUCACCGUGUUAAACCACGGGCUGAGGAAUGGAGGCGGGGUUGGAGACGUGCUGCGCAAACCCUCCAAAGAUGAGACCCUGUUCCCUGCAAGGGUGGUCUAUGACCUGCUCUUCUACUUCAUCGUCAUCAUCAUCGUCCUCAACCUGAUCUUUGGGGUGAUCAUAGAUACCUUUGCAGACCUGCGCAGUGAGAAGCAGAAGAAGGAGGAGAUCCUGAAGACCACCUGUUUCAUCUGUGGAUUGGAGAGGGACAAGUUUGACAACAAGACAGUGUCAUUUGAAGAACAUAUCAAGGUGGAACACAACAUUUGGAACUACCUGUAUUUCAUCGUCUUGGUGAGGGAGAAGAACAAGACGGACUACACAGGGCCAGAGAGCUAUGUAGCCCACAUGAUAAAGAACAAGAACCUAGACUGGUUCCCGCGGAUGCAGGCCAUGUCGCUCGUGGUCACUGAGGGCGAUGCGGAGCAGAACGAGAUGAGAAACCUGCAGGAUCGUCUGGCCUCCACCAUGAAACUCGUCAGCAACCUGACGGCACAGCUGACCGAGCUGAAGGAGCAGAUGACGGAACAGCGGAAGCGGCGCCAGCGCAUGGGCCUCGUGGACGUGCAGACGGGAAACAACUCGGUGGCCCCCAGCGCUGCCGGCGGGGGGAGCAACCACCAGAUCGUCAAAGCCUGACGUCUUGCUGAGCCGGUGAACCCAACCGACAAACAUUUGCGUCGGGAUCGUCUGACGGGGGGCUGCUGUUGAACCCUCGCACUCAGUGUGACCGGUCAGAUUGCGGGAACUAUGGGAAAUCAUACGGGUUUGUACAGAGGGGCGUCCCCUGCCACCACACUGCUGCUGUAGAAACACACGUCACCUUGGUUUACACUUUGUGCUUGUUAUGCGCUUUCCUUUUCCUUCUUGGAGUCCCCGAAGGGCGCAAAAGCGCCCCGUCAUGUGGGUCGGAGCAGCUCGGCCAAUGGAGACUUCUACAGAAAUCACACUCUGGCUCAGGCUCCCCGAGCCACACGUUCAAACAGGAUCCUUCUUCACACGGUCGAGAUUCAUUAAUGAUAAAUGCGGCGUUUGCUUCAGUGCUUUCAAAAUGACAUCAUUUCGUUUUGGAAUCCAGUGCUGGGUUUCAUACAAUUCCCAGAAUGUUCAUGGUCAGCAGAGCCUGGUUCACUUCAAAGGGAGGGGUCCCUGCAGCAGGACCCCUGCCACAUUAAUAUGGAAGCUGCAAUAACAUAUACACACCUGGGGGUUUCAUACCUGUGAAGCUGAAGUGCAAUAUGCAAUGUACACACCUGUGGAAGAUGCUACACUUGUGGGCGGAGACUACCCGUAUAUGAGACUGUAAAGGAGGCCCAGGCCUUGUGUGUCCGGAGGCAGGUUCUCGUCUCUCUGUCAUUUCUGUUUUACUUUAUUUCUGUGUAAACUUGGUUUGAACGAACGAACUGGUAGAUUAACUCCAGCACUGGGUAACUCGCAAGUUUAAGGUUUCUGGCCCAUGGUUUACAGCUUUAAGCUCUCUGUAUAUUUUUAGCGGCAUGGUGAAUGUUUUGUUCUGAGGUUACAGCGGUUCUGAAAUGCUGAAAUGCUGCAGAGCUGUGUGUAUUCUAGUGCGGAAUGUCACGCACUGUGCAGAACUCACUGUCACUAACGUUUUCAUGUGUAAAAAUGCAGCGAAAAUGCCUAUUAAUGUUUGUAAUUAGACUGAAAAUGACGGCGCUUCUUUAUUUCUGAACACGAGACACCUGAAGACAGAGUGUGAUACGAGCCUUAUUAGCAUAAAAUGUCACUUUUAAAUUAAUUACAGUGACCUUUCGAUAAUACCAUCCUUAGUUGCCUGGAACAAAAAUAUGGCACAGGCCAAAACUCCUGUAGUUCCGCUUGUGAGUACAAUUGGGGCGGGAAUUCUGUUCGUAACUUUGAAUUGUUCAUAAAUGCACUCACUACAUGACAGUCAGUAAAAGAUCAAUAUUGCAGCUUAAUCCCGCAGUUUAUUCAUGGGUCAGUACUGUGAAACAUCAGAUCAGGUUCUGAAAAAAGGUGCACUAAGGCACCUGUUUAUUGUACAGCGUUCCCAUCAACAGCUCAUAGAAAGCAGGUGUAGCUCCACCCUCCGUUAAGCUGACGAUAAGGGCGGUGCCCUGGGUUCUGUUCUAAAGAAUAAAAUGUUAUACCGUAAAACGCAAAUAGAUCUGUACUAGAAUAAAUGUCCAGUUUAUUAAGUUUGUAAAUAGAAAAUAAAAUAUUCACCAUUAAA